ACAACUGCUUUUCUGUCUUCUCUUCAAUCAUACGAAGCAAAGAUCACCGAUCAGAAGAGAGAAAAGCAAAAACUCAAGGCUCUCUGUAUUUCCCGAAUCAAAAAAUGCAACAAGGCGAUUACACAACCUCCAAUCCCUACUACAAUUACCCUAAUUCCGGCCAAAUCUCGCCGGCUCCGAUCCCAAACCCCACCCCUUCACCACCGGCAUACGCUUCUGCUCCGCCGUUCGCCGCCACUUACACUCCGCCUUCAGAUUACUCAUCUUAUCCCUCUUCUUACCCCAAUCAUUAUACCCAAAAUCCCGAUUUACCCUCCACUGCUCCAGCACCUCCGUUACAGACCUAUAAUCCUCCACCACCAGCGCAGGUUCCGGUUCCGGCGUUGCAACAGCCUCAGCACUCCUCUCCGUUUCCCUCGUUUGAAUCCCACGGAGCUUAUCAAAACCCAGUUCAUUCUCAGCCUCAACAAUCUUAUUAUCCUCCUUACGAUCAUCCCCAGGCUGCUCCUAGUUAUAAUCACAGUCCCACUCCGAAUUCUUCGUAUCCUCCAGUUUAUUCAACUCCGAAUUAUGAUAAUACUGGGAAGUUUGAUCAAAGUGGGCAGUAUUUUGAUGAACCUGUGGAUAAAUAUGGAAAUUAUGGUUCGCGGAGAGGUGAAUUUGGGCAAGAUACUUAUGGGAAACGAGCUGAAAGUGGAUAUGGUAAUGAUGGUUAUGGUGAUGGAGUGUUUGCUUAUCAGGGUAGUAAAGUAGAGCCUUAUGGGGCACGAGGGACUGGUUCAAAGUCUUCGACUUGGUCGUCUAGUUUUGAUGAUUUUGGGAGGCCAAUUGGGUAUAAUUCUCCGAAAGAACGUUCAUCAGCUCCAACUGCGAAGAUCGUCAAGGCAAUUCCCAAGGUUGAUACGCAGCAGGAUGCGAGAAGUGGUGUGCAGAAGUUUAGGGUGAAGUUACUAGCUGAAAGUGGUGGACAGAGUACCCAAGAUGUUCUUUGCCAGAUUGGCUUGGAUGGAAUCCGCAUGUUGGACCCAAGCACUAGCCGGAUGUUAAGAAUUUAUCCUCUUGACACGGUAACUAGACUUGAGGCGGCGGAUUCAUCUACCUUUGCCUUCUGGUCAAAAAGUGCAGUGGAUAUAGAACCAAGGCGUAUCAGACUGCAGUCAAACAGUUACACAACCAGUUCCCUAUUAGAUACAGUCACGGCUGCAGUUGUACAGUUCAAGGAGAUGGGUGGAAGAAUCGGAUCUUCUGAAUCUCCAAAGGUGGCUGAACAGCCUACUGAGAAGAAGAAAGGUCUUGCUGAUUGGAUUAAUAUAGUGAAGACCGUCAAUGAGGAGAAAGAUCACUGGGUUCCUGAUGAAGCAGUUUCCAAGUGCACAGCUUGUGGAUCAGCCUUCAAUGCCUUCGUGCGCAGGCAUCACUGUCGGAAUUGUGGAGAUAUUUUCUGUGACAAAUGCACUCAGGGAAGAACUGCACUGACAGCUGAUGAGAAUGCACCAGUUGUUAGAGUUUGUGACCGAUGUACGGCUGAGGUUUCUCGUCGGCUAAGCAGCGCGAAGGAAACUGUCAAUAGAUCAACUGGAUUGCAAAGUCAUGAAGACCUUGCCAAGAAGCUUCAGGAGGAGAUGGAGAGAAACCGAAAAGGAUCAUCUGGUAAGUGUUUAUCUGCUGAAAUACAUAUAUGCUUAGUAUUUGAUAAUGAGCUAAUUCAUAACAUAGUUUGUCUGCUAGUUCAUGAAGUUUUUCCGGUUUCAGGCUCCAGACAAGAUCGUUCGGGGAGGAUGAAAGAGGUUGCUUGCCCUACUUGUACAGUACAUUUGCAGGUUCAAGUUCCGAGCUCAGGUUCCGAGACUAUAGAAUGUGGGGUUUGCCAGAAUCCAUUCCUCGUUAGUUCGCACUGAGUUUGAUGUUUUCCGUCAAUGGAAGGAAGGACUGUAAACUCUUUUCUGGUUUUGUGUGUUCUCAUACAUUUUUUUGUGCAUCUGUUAAUAUUCGAACCGUUUGUGACGCGCCUUUGGUUGGUAUCCGUUUGUUUCCUGGCAAGACAAUUUGCUUAUUUGAUUUGUAUUAGCAGGAAGAAAUCUAACACUUUUUUUUCUUUACAUGGAGAAAAUUUAAGUGAAUUUGAUUCCAUUAA